AUGGACUACACAUUGUUCUUCUCAUCUUCUCAAUUCUCAAUUCUCCCGCCAAAACCAAGGACCACGAGCAGAGGCUUUCCCUUUAAGCCCAGAAAACACAGAACAUCACACUUAACGACCCUCCAAUGUCACAAGAUGUUUGUGCCUGGGUUUGGGGAAGCUUCUCCAGAAAUGAAAGCGGCCAAACAUCUCCACGAUUUCUUCACCUUCAUCGCCGUCAAAAUAGUCAACGCCCAGCUACAGAGCUACAAUCCGGAGGCGCAUGCGGAGUUGAUGGAAUUCAUGGAAAGACAUUCUCUUAGCGAUGGAGAUAAAUUUUGCGCUGAUUUGAUGCGCGAGUCAUCGAGGCAUAAGAAUCUAGCUUUGCGCAUUUUAGAGGUUCGAUCAGCUUAUUGCAAGAAAGAUUUUGAAUGGGACAACUUGGAAAGAUUGGCAUCAAAGAUGGUCGAUGAUCGUAAUACAAGACUGAUGAGGGAUUAUGUGUCAGAAACUAGCCAAUAA